AUGGAGAAGGAUGUUGUAGAUGAACCCAUUAGUUUAAAAUUUUGUUAUGGGAUUAAUAAUUCAUUAAGUAGCGUACACAUUAUAGAAAGAACAAACAAUAAUAAAGAAGACAAGAACAAUGUUGAAAAUAUCAAAAGGGAUGAUAGUAGUAAGAGAGAUGACCAUGCGUAUGAUGAAAAUAUAUACCCAUUUAAUAAUAACGAUGAAAAAAACAACCCUAAACAUAUAAUUUACAGCUCAGAUAACAACAUAGUUUUGUUAGAUGGAAAAAAACAAAUAUUAUUUAGAGGACACUUUAAUAAAAUUUCAAAAGUUAUAAAAAGUUAUAAUAAUGAAUACAUUCUAUCAUGUGAUAAGGGAUUGAAUUCUUUCAUAAUAUUAUGGAGGGUAAAUGACACUUCCUUUUUAGAUCCAAUAAAAAAAUUUUAUUAUAACUGUGCAGAAAAUGAAAAAAAUGGAAGACAUAUAUAUUUCAAUAAAAAGAAAAAUCAAGAUGAAUGUGAUAUAAAUAAAUUAAAUGAUAGUACGAUAGACGAUACUACCGAUGAUGGUGAUACCAUAAAUGAUAAUGUAGGAUAUGAAUGUAUAGAUAUAAGUCAUGAUAAUAGAUAUAUAUGUGCAUUAACAGAAGAAAGAAUAUAUAUCAAAUCCAGUACAAAGUAUGAUGAUGAAACGGGAGAAAAAGGAAAAAAUAAAUAUAAAACUAAAGAGUGUACAUUAAUUAAACAAAAUAAAGGGAAUAAAAAAAAUGAUAUUUAUUAUCAAUAUAUUAUAAUUUUCGAUAUAAAUUCGAUAGAUCAUCCUAUUGUAUGUACUGAUAAAAUAUAUGGAAAAGAUAAACAAACAAAAAUUAGAUUUAAUAAAAAAUAUGAAAUAAUUUCUAAUAGUUCAUCUAAAUUAUAUAUAUACAAUUUUCAAAAGAAAUAUAGACAAAUAAAUCAUUAUAGUCCCUCAUUAUAUAAAAGUAAUAAAAUUAAUGAACAAUUCAUUUUUACAGACACAUGUUUUGUUGACAAUACAACAACAUUAUUAACAGGUACUACAAAUGGAUACAUAAUUGUUUGGGAUUAUAGUUCUAUAUUUAUAAAUAAAACAAAACAUAAUAUUAAACAAAGGGAAUAUCAAAAAUUUUUAGAAAUCCAGAAAAAUGUAUCCAUAAAUAUUCUUCAUAGUUAUGGAGAUUUUAUAAUUCUUGGAUUAAGUGAUGGUAGUGUUAAAGUAUUUGAUAAACAAUUAAAAUGUUAUGCUUGGUUUGAAAAUAAUCAAAUAGGAUCUAUUAAAUCUAUAUCCUUUCAAUUAUGUGAUUUUAAAAAAGAUUUCUUUUUAUGGAAAUCUUUCAUUAUAUUUUCGGAUAAAAAUAUUAUUAAAAAAAUUUAUCCAAAUAGUUUUAAUAAUCAAAAUAAUACUACAAAAGAAGAUCAAAAUUUGUUAUAUAGCACAAAUCAUGAUUCUAAGAAUGUUCAUACAAACUUAUUUAAUGAUUCUCUUCUUGAAAAAUAUAACAAAAACAAGGACAAAUUGUAUAUAAAUGAGCAUCAUACAGACAAAGAAAAAUCAAAUAUAAAUAUAAAUAUAAAUAUAAAUACAAAUGACAGUCAGUCAUUUUCUGAAUUAAGUAAUAAAUUUACCAAUAUAAAUAAAAGUAAGAAGGAUAAUAAAACAUAUAUGAAUACUCAAGAGACAAACCAAAUAUAUUAUAUGCCAUCUAAUCAACUGAAUAAUACACCUACUAACGAAAUAGUUUUACAUUUUAACAGCUCAAGUAUAAGUUGUAUUUGUGUUAAUCCAAUUAACAAUGGUAAUAUAAUAUAUAUAGGAAAUGAAAAUGGAUUAAUUGAGAUAUUUGAUUUUGAGAAGAAUGAAAAAUUACAUAGCAUAUAUUUAAAAGACAAAGAAAUUGUAUCUAUGAUUUUUACGAAUAAUGGUAAAAUUUUGUGUGUAGGGUGUAAAUGUGGAUUUAUUCAUUUAAUAAAUUCAAUUACUUUUGAAAUUUUUUUUAAUAGUAAAGAUAUGAAGUACGAAAUAAAAUAUUUAUAUUUUAGUGAGGAUGAUAAGAUAUUCCUUUCUUCUGCAAUACAUGCAAAUAUUAUAAUAUAUAAAAAUGAUAGCGAAGAUAUAUAUGAUUGGAAAUAUACAUAUAAAAUUAGUAACAAAAAUAAUAAUAAUAAUAUAACAUUUAAUGACUUACAUAUAGUAAACAAAUCUCCUACUGAAAAUCUAUAUAAUAUUGUAGGAAUAACAAAUAAUCGUUAUAUCAUUUUUCAUUAUUACAACUUCAAAGAUAAUACAGUAAAUAUUUCUUAUAUGAAUAUCGAACAAAUUUAUGUACCAACUUGUAUAUCAGGAAAUUUAUAUUUUUAUAAUAGAAACAUUAUAUGUAUAUGUAAUGAUGGAUCUAAACUUAGAUAUAUGGAUUUAGAAACAAAAAAAAUAAUAAAAACUAUACAUCUACCAUUUAAAGAAAAAAAAGUUCAAAAAAUGCUACCCCUCGUAAUGAAUGAAGAUAAACAUAAUAACGAUAAUACUUUUAAUAAAGACAAUGGAGAUAAUAAUACCAUAAAAUAUAAAAAUCAUUUUGAUAAAAAAAAUAUUUUUUUAUUUGUAUUAAAUGAAAAAAUGAUUGUAUUUACACAAACACCAAUAGAUGCAAAUUGCUUGAGAUAUAUCGGAGGAAUUAUAUGUAGUGGAAAUAUAAAAGAUGUUAUAUCUAAAAAUAAUAAUAUUUUUAUAUUAAGUAAAAAUAAAAUAUUCUAUUAUCAAAUUCAUACAAGCAUAUUAAAAAAUAGUAUAGAUAUUCAAAAUAAUAGUUUACAAACUUUUAUUGAACAAAUUGGAGGUACAAAAAGUCCUAUGUAUAAUCAAAUAAUGGACUCAUUCUAUUAUUGUGAAAUUCAAAAAAAUAAAUAUGAAAAAAAAAAAGAGAAAUAUAAUAUUAAAAAGUUGUUAAAUAUUCUAUCUAUAGAAUAUAUAUUUGCUUCUAUAAAUAUAUUCUUAUCUAAAUUUGAAAUACAAAAUAUAAUACAAGAGUAUCAUUUUUAUUAUAAAUACGUCAUAAAUUUGUUAAAGAACAAAGAGGAUUCAAUAAAUCAUGUAAUUCAUAUACAAGAUGGUCAACUUAUUAAUUAUAAGACAGACAAUGAUAUACUGCUCAAUAAUAUGUACUUUUUACAAACAAACCACACAAAUAAUAUGUCUGGACUAAAUAACUCAAAUUCUGAACAACACAUUUUAGCUCAAAAUUCCAUGUCGAAAAAUUUAAAAAAAAAAAAAGAAAGUGAUUUAUAUACAAAAAAUAUAAACCAUACUAAUCAUAACAACAAUACGAACGAAAACCAAGAGGACGUUAAAAAUACAGAUAUUACUAAAGAGUGUGAAAAUAUAUAUUUCAAUAUCAAUGCCUUUAUUUAUACAUAUUUUAAUUAUAUAACGGAAGAAAAUACAGAUACUGACGAAAUUGUUGAAGAUAUUAUAAAUUAUUACAAAAAUGAAAAUAAAAAAGCAAAACUGUCAUUCAAUGAUCUUCUAAAUAUAUUAAAUAACAAUGGAGAAAUUAUGGAUCAAAUGGAGUUUAAAAGAAUAUUUCAAAUUUUUACAAAAAAAGACGAAUCAUUUGAUGAAAAUGAGUUCUUAAAUAUGGAUAUAUUAAAAGAAAUGCUAGAAUGA